AUGGCAGCGCCGAAUCGCCCUAACGUGGUCCAGCAAGGCGGUGCCACAGUAUAUGAAAGUCUUGAUGAGGUGGAUGAAAAUCUAUACAACCAAAUACAGCGUGUAUAUCAAAGAGCAGCCUUUCUCGAUGUGAUUAUCAAAUGGCGUAAAGAUAUGGCUCAGGGCAAAGCAGGCCCAUUUGAAACAGGCCAUGAUAUCCAGGACCUCUGGCAAAGAAGGAUGGAUUACUGGUCCAAAAAGAGGAAGAGUAAGCCCAUGUUGCCCAGGCCCCAGGAAGUUGCAACUCCUCCACUACCAUCGGAGCCCGCAAUCUCCCCGCAACCAGGACCCCAAAACAUUUCAACACAGGUAGGAACUCAAACUUCUCCGCAACAAGGACCUCGAACCACUUCCACACAGGCAGGAACUCAAACCACUUCCACACAGGCUGGACUUCGGACAAAUAUGCCGCAACCAGGACCUCAAACAACUCCCAUACGACCAGUAUGUCCAAGAGUUCCAACAGCGGCCCCCCCAGGUACACCUUCUUCGGGCGAGCUAUCGCCACCCUUUCGUGCAGACCGACCAGAUGAGGAACCGCUAGCACCAACGCAUGGGCAACUUAAACACAUGUAUAGGAGUGAGGACGGGCCAUGGACCUUCGCACGCAUUAUCGCCAGCUCUAGAAGAGGCGAUAGAGGCACACCAUGGAAGGCGAACUGGCUCCUCGUUCGAGUCUCGCCGACGAACAAUAUCGAGGAACAAAUUGUUGCAAAAUGGGUAGGACCGUACCCAGGAUACGAGGCCGAGGCUGAAGAUGAGAUUCGUAUAAAUGAGUUACUGCGACCUGCCCAAUGCACACAUAUAUUGCCCUUGCGUGGACAUAGCAAGAGACUCAAAAGGAAACGCAUUAUCGAAGGAACAGAUAUAAAUGAAAUGGAGAUGACAGAAUACUUCAUGUACAGCGACUUUGCGCCACUUGGGACAUUGCGAAACAUCCCCGAGUCCCAUGACAGUCUAUUACCCGGCCCGGAUGGCAGGAAGAAAAUCGUAUCAGAACACUUCAUCUGGUACGUUUUGGGCGAACUAGCCAAAGGGCUGUUAGUCUUGAAGACUGGCCAGUGUUUACCUUCGAACAAGCCCUUUGAGCCUGCAGAACCACCAGAAGAUUCCACUUGGGCUCCGAUCCUACAUAACGAUAUCAAGGACAUCAAUAUUAUGAUUGUUGAGGGAAAUGACAAGUAUCCUACCUAUCCAAGAGUCUUACUAUUUGAUUUUGGACUAUCGAGAGUAAAGGAAAGCGACCGUGAGCAUGAAGCUCUUGACGGAACCAUUAUAUGGACUUCGCCCGAGCGAAGAUUUGUUGAAAACCCGGCACAAGAUUAUAUUCCAAGCAAGUGGCCUUGUUCAGAAAGGAGUGAUAUCUGGAGCGUCGGUUUGAUUGCAUGGCAACUCAUGCAAGCGACUCAAGGAGUUGAUGCCUUCGAUCAAUAUCUCAUACGAAGAACAAAGGAAUUUUCCACAGACCCAAGGCUUGUUAGAGAAGGGGCUUGCAAUCCUCAGGAUAGUCUGUUUCCAUCAGACCUUGAAAGCUCGGAAAUUCCCACAGAGUACAGCGUCGAACUUUGUCGCUUUGUGCAGAGCUGUCUGCGAUAUCAUCCCGCAGGUCGGCCUGAUGUGGACACCGUUCUGCAAACUGCUCAGGAACGAUUAACGUCACUUGACAGACUGCAUCGCGAUGAAUUCAGUAACACUGGAGAGAAUAUUCUGCAUGACUUUCGACCAGAGUAUGGGCUCGAUGAUAGGAAUGCCGCCUAUGCGAUUGGUCAACAGUUCACACGACCAGUCAAGAAACGUCGCACGGCUGCUGCUCAAGUCGAUCGUACUACAUACGAUGAUCUCAUUAAUCAGUGGGCGGACAAAGACCGCUACCCCCGUCCAUCCCCCGAAGAUGCGUUUGUAGUAAUGCAAGGCAUUCGCGAUUACAUCAAUAGUAUACCUAUGAAAGACAAGGAUUAUGCAGCAGGAUAUGUCAGUUAUCAGGACACCACAGACCCACAUCCUCUCACUCUUGCAUGGCGACAUUUGUACUCGAAAAUCUGCAAAGAGAUUGACCCCUCCCACCCCGUCUACGUUUCUAAUGAUAAACGAGUCCGCGACCAUGAUCACGCGUUCGCGGAUCAGAAUAAAUACAUCUGCUUAAGCGAUGCCAUACGCUAUUUCCUGUCUUUCUUAUGGGGCGAAGGUCCCAACGACACAAGUAAUCCUUGGUAUGAUCUCCAGAGCACCGGAGAAGCCUUGGAACAUGCAUGCCGAUGGGGCAUGCAGCUUAUUAAGAUGCAAGGCGAGCCCGCCCCACCUCGGCUCGAAGAUGGAAGUAUCUUUCAUCGGGCGAUAGGAGCUUGGAUUCUGGAACCGGAGCCAGGAAUCGAUCUUUCAAAACUUCAAAACGACCAGGGGGGACUUAUCAAUGUUGAGGCGUCGUCUGAUGACAGUAUCAGUUUGGGGCAAAGUGAUGAUGAAGACUUUGACGAGGGUGGCCAAGAGGAAGAUGACGAGUUGGAUGAUGAAAACGGGUCAGGGUUUGAAGAUGAAAAUUCGGGGCUUGGGGAAGAUGGGUCUGAAUUGGAGGAUGAUGAAAUUGGAUUCUAG